ACGUGGGCGUGACAGCUGGGAGGGGCGGCCCGCGGCAAUGUGGUCGGGAGGCGGCGGCCCGCGCCCCGAGCCCCGGCGCUGAGGACCCCGGCACCCCCCCGCCGGAGCCCGGCGCCCACCCCUGCCCAGCCCAGCGCAGCCCCCGGCCGCCGGGCCGGCCGCACCAUGUUUUCCAAGAAGAAACGGGAGCUCAUAAAAACCCCGUCCAUCUCCAAAAAGAACCGCGCGGGAAGCCCCAGCCCGCAGCCGUCGGGGGAGCUGUCCAGGAAAGAUGGGGCUGAUUCCGUGUUCCCUGGACUUAGCCUGGACGUCCCAGCGUCGUCCUCGGGUGUCAAGACCUCGGCCACCUUGAAGCGGCCCACCAGCCUCAGCCGCCAUGCCAGCGCUGCAGGCUUCCCGCUCUCGGGCUCGGGCUCCUGGACCCUAGGCCGGGGCUACCGAAGCCCCUUGAUGGCUGCCAGCCCUGCAGAACCCUCUGCUGAGGGUCUAGGCCCUGAGACCACUGAGGAUAUCUCCAGCCUGCUGGCUGAUGUGUCCCGCUUAGCAGAUGGUCUGGUAAAACUCAAGGAGUGUGUGUCAAACGAUGAGCUCCUGGAGGCCCGGAGGCCGAAGGCCCAUGAGCGCCUGGGGGAGGCCCUGCGUGUGCUACAUCAGGUCAUCUGCAAGUACCCAAUGCUGAACACCUUGGAGACACUGACUGCCGCGGGCAAGCUCAUCGCCAAGGUUAAAGCCUUCCAUUUUGAAUGUAACCUUGACUCAGACAAAAGGGAAUUUGAGAAAGCCCUGGAGACCAUGGCAGUGUCCUUCAGCAGUAGUGUGUCGGAGUUCUUUAUGGGUGAGGUGGAUAGCAGCACACUCCUGGCCGUGCCUCUUGGGGACCCCAGCCAGGCCAUGGAGAACCUUUACUCAGGCAGCGAGGGCUCCCCAGCCGGCGCCGAGGACUGCGAGGAAGGCUGCCUGCCCCCGGAGGAGGUGGACCUACUUCUGCAGCGCUGUGAGGGCGGCGUGGACGUGGCCCUGCAGUAUGCCAAGAACAUGGCCAAGUACAUGAAAGACCUCAUUGGCUACCUGGAGAAGCGGAUGGCGCUGGAGAUGGAGUUCGCUAAGGGUCUGCUGAAAAUCAUCCACGGCUGCCGACAGAGCGUGAUUCAAGAGCCCCACAUGCCCCUGAUGUCCAUCUACUCGCUGGCCCUGGAACAGGACAUGGAGUUCAGCCACAGUAUUGUGCAGGCAGCGACCACGCUGCAGGCGCAGACCUUCAUACAGCCCCUCACCCACCGGCGGCUGGAGCAUGAGAGGCGCAGGAAGGAAAUCAAGGAGUCCUGGCAACGUGCACAGCGGAAGCUGCAAGAAGCUGAAAACAACCUGAAAAAGGCCAAGGCGAGCUACGUGCAGCGCUCUGAGGACCAUGACAAGGCCCGGUUUCAAGUGGCCAAGGAAGAGCAGGGCGCCACCCCACCUGGGGUGGGCAGUGCAGCUUCCAAGACACUGGACAAGAGGCGACGGCUGGAGGAGGAAGCCAAGAACAAGGCGGAGGAAGCCUUGGCCACCUACCGCACGUGCGUGGCAGAUGCCAAGACUCAGAAGCAGGAGCUGGAGGACACGAAAGUGACCGCGCUGCGGCAGAUCCAGGAGAUCAUCCGCCAAAGCGACCAGACCAUCAAGUCGGCCACCAUCUCCUACUACCAGCUCAUGCACAUGCAGACAGCGCCGCUGCCCGUGCACUUCCAGAUGCUGUGCGAGAGCACGAAGCUCUACGACCCUGGCCGGCAGUACGCGUCGCAUGUGCGGCAGCUGCAGCGCGAGGAGGAGCCCGACGUGCGCUAUGACUUUGAGCCGCACGUGUCCACCAACUCUUGGUCCCCCGUCAUGCGUACCCGGAAAAGCAGUUUCAAUGUUGGCGACACUUUGGGGACUGAGACCACCACAACCAGCAGCAGCAGCCCCCCGGAGGAAGGCGGACCCAGUGAGGGUACAUCAGCCAAGGAGCACAGGGGAGGACGGGGACACCAGGUACACAAGUCGUGGCCAAGCGCCGUCUCGGACUCGGACAGCAGCGUGGACCCAGGCACGGGCUCAGGGGACUUUAAGAAGUUCCAGCGGAUGUCAUCCAGUGGCACUGCGUCGUCCAGUGAGGAGCUGGUGGACCAGGAGGGCGGAGCCGGGACGGAGGAGGUGGAGCAGGAUGACAUCAAUAGCAUGGCCCCCCAGCUGCCAGUGGCCGUGCCCAGCGGGCCCUUCCGCCAUGUCGGGCUGUCCAAGGCGGCCCGCACCCACCGGCUCCGAAAACUCCGCACGCCGGCCAAGUGCCGCGAGUGUAACAGCUACGUCUACUUCCACGGGGCUGAGUGUGAGGAGUGCUGCCUGGCGUGCCACAAGAAAUGCCUGGAGACCCUGGCCAUCCAGUGUGGCCACAAGAAGCUACAGGGCCGCCUUCAGCUCUUUGGACAGGACUUCGGGCGCGCGGCCUCGGGCACCCCGGACGGCAUCCCAUUCAUUGUGAAGAAGUGCGUGUGUGAGAUCGAGCACCGCGCUCUGCACACCAAGGGCAUCUACCGAGUCAAUGGGGUGAAGACCCGUGUGGAGAAGCUGUGCCAGGCCUUUGAGACUGCCAAAGAACUGGUGGAGCUGUCACAGGCCCCUCCCCAUGACAUCAGCAAUGUCCUCAAACUCUACCUGCGUCAGCUGCCGGAGCCUCUCAUCUCCUUCCGCCUCUACCACGAACUGGUGGGUCUGGCCAAGGACAACCUGAAGGCUGAGGCCGAGGCCAAGGCCGCAUCCCGCGGAGCCCGGCAGGAUAGGUCCCAGAGUGAGGCCGCAGCCGUGGCCAUGGCGGGCCGCCUGCGGGAGCUGCUGCAGGACCUGCCCUGGGAGAACCGGGCCACACUGCAGUACCUGCUGCGGCACCUGCGCAGGGUCGUGGAGGUAGAACAGGACAACAAGAUGACCCCGGGAAACCUAGGCAUUGUGUUCGGGCCCACACUGCUGCGGCCGCGGCCCACUGACGCCACUGUCUCCCUGUCCUCGCUGGUAGACUACCCCCACCAGGCCCGGGUUAUUGAGACCCUCAUCACCCAGUACAGCCUGGUCUUUGGGGACGAGCCAGAGGAGGGGCUGCGGACACAGGAGGAGCCGAGCAGCCAGUGCUCAGAGGUGGUGAUACCGGUGGUGACCUGUCUGGAGGCCAGUGAGGACACCACCUACGUCCUGCAGGACGACGGGGGCCGAGAAUCCCGAGUGGCAUCCAACGAUUCUGACUCAGAGCUGGAGGAGCCCUUGGACCCCCUGUCCCUGUCGGACUCGAGUGCCAUACACCGCUUCAGCUUCCUGGAGAAGCAGGAGGGCGAAGCCAGCGCCGAGGAGGCUCCCCGGAGCCGCAGUGGCAGCGGGGAGCAGCUGGGGGAGGAGGAUGAGGAGGGCCCGGCCCCGUCGAUGUCCACCUACAACACCAACCAGUCCAACAACACAGCGCUGGUCAGGCUGCCGCCCGUGAGACAGUCACAGCAGGUGGCUGUGGGGACAGGUGGCCGGAAUUCACCUGGGCCAGGUGGCAGCGUCGUACUGCUGCUCUCCUGAUCCCCCGGAGGGUCCUGGCUCUGUCCUGGGUCACCACCAAGGAUGCCCAGGCUUGGACAAUGCUCACAGCUCCAAGACCACACUGGCUGCCUCUCCAGGGACUGCAGGGCCUGGGGUCCACCCUGUGUCUGACUCUUGGGCAGGCCUGGCUCAGUCCAGCUGGGGUCCCCAUCUUUGGGGACAUCGCCUCCCACCUGUCAGGGCACCCCGGGCUUGGAGGACUAUACAGCCCUGUCCCUCACAAGCCUGUCCUACAGCCCUGGCAUCCCUGUGACUCGGGCCUACCUGGACCUCGCCCUGCUGCCAUCCAAGCUUAAACAGGCCCUGGGGAAUGCUGCUGCCAGCCCCGGCCACCCCAACCCUGGGGGAACUAUGGCUGCAGGAAGCUGUCACUUUUGUGUAAAGCUGGAGUUGGACAGCUGGGCUUAGGUACACAGUGGAGUCCCUCACAGGCCUUGGUGUCCUUGCAAACCCAAGCUUCUGUUUUGCUUAAAAUAAAACUUUUAAUCUAG